UGAUUUCAUCACAAUUGAUUGCGUAAUUUUUCACGGUUGAGUGAUCACAAUUUUGUUUAAUUUUGGUUAUGCAUGAGUGCAUUUGGGGGGAGGUUUAUGAGGGGGAGGGGCCGGAAGAAAGCGGAAGUAGUAUUCCCCACCCCUUCCUGUGCCAGAGUAGUAUGGAAUGCCCCUACUUGCAUAUUAAUCGAACGUAAAUUACGAUUGAAUUAGUCGUAUAAUUGUUAUAAUUUGUCUCUUUCACAACAAUAGAUUCGCCAUAAUAUAAGCCUUCACCUGAAUUCGGAAAUCUUUUAAGAGAUGAAUCUGAAAGUAGCUCUUCUUAAAUCAUCGACUCUCUAAUUACUGCCGACCACUACCAUAAACCCUUAGUAAAUUAAUUCAAAUAUUUAUCAUCUAUCUAUAGUUUAAUUAGUAGGAUAAUUUCAUUGAGCUAAAUAUGAUUUCUUUUGAUUAUUAUUGUUAAUUAUCGUGCUGAAUAACUUUCUAAUAAGUGAAUGAGAAAAAAAUCGAUAAAAUUGAAUCAAAUUUCACAAAAUUGAUUGAAAUUGGCUAUUAAUGAACACACUCACGCUCAAUCGGUUGACUUACAUGUUAGAUGAUCUGAGAAAAAGGAAGCAAUAAAUGAAAUUACGGAAGAUAUCUAAACUAGCAAUCAAUUCGACUAAGCAGUCACUAAUUAUUAGUGUAUCAAAUCGUCCAUUAUAUGAUCCAAAAUGAAUGUGGAAAAAUCUAAUAAGCGAAAAGUUAAAAGUUAUCCAGAGUUACGAAGAUUGUUUAAUCUCGUCUUGAUUGACUUAAAUUACUUGACUUUUCCGAAACAAUCAAAACGCUGGUAUGUUUUUUUGUCUUUAAUCAUAUUCAUUUCAAGUGUAUUCAGAUUUUCCUACAUGGCAGUAGUUUCGGAAAUCAAUGAUGUUUCGUUUAUCAUUGGUGAUUUUACAAUCUUUUUACCGCCAAUUCUCAAGCCAAAAUCAUCCGCUGCAUUUAUUAUCUGGACUUUCUGUGCAUUCAGGGUGAUUUAUAUUUUCCAUCAAGGUGAAUCUAAUCCGAAACUUAGACAAUGGAUAACCAUUGGUCGUUUAUUAGAUUAUCACCGAUUGUCCCCACGAUUACGAUUCGUCUCAAAAGUACUAACCAAGUCAAUACUUAUACACCCAUGGGGAUCUGGAUUGAUAAUAUUUUUCUGUGCUUUACCUUCAGCAUUUUAUUAUCCAUUUAAAUAUUGGAUAUUUUUAAUAUUCUGGAUGAUUGUGACAAUGGUCUACAGUUUAUUACUUGCUUCGUAUACAUAUAACUUUAAUUUCAUUUAUUUUACUUCGAUAAUUGAAUUUGCUGAGACAAUUAACUCAAUAUCUUUGCCUUUGUCGGUUACAAUUAAUAGUUAUCCAAUUUGUGAGUUUGAUAAUAAGGUGAAGUCUAAAUUUUCAGGAAAAUUAUCUCGACUAAGUGUUAACUAUAUUAAAAGAAUCAAGAAAUUAAUUGUUGAUUAUCAAUUUUACAAUCAAAUCAAUACUUGUAAUCAUGUUUCUUCAUUUUCUAUGCAAUUAAUUUGCCUUUAUCUUGCUUGUUUUGUAUCAUUGCCAUUAUACACUCUGAGUGCUGUUGUGGUUUUCACUAUUAACCAAUUUCUAGCUGGACAAUCAACUCAUUUUUUCAUCAGCACCUAUGGACAAAAUAAAAUUGAUUCAUUUUGCUCACAAUUAAGACGAUCACUUACUCUUGAUUUAACAAUUGGAUACAAAUUGAAGAUAAUUAACUUGUUGGAACAUAUUGAGAAUCGAAACUUUUUCAACAUUUUUGGUUCGCUCAACUAUUCAACUCAUCAUUUUGUUCUGAAUAUAUUGGAAUCGGCAUCAACAUUUCUCCUUUAUACCGUUGUGGCAAUGAAAUAAUUAAUACAAUUAACACUCUUCGAUUCAAAUUAUCGUCAAUAUCAUUAACUGUAUUCGCGUUAAUUUUUUAAUUUACCAAAACAAUCAAAAUCAAUAUCGUCGAUUAUUGAACUUGCUUUAAUUGACAAGAUGAGGUUUUCAUUAGUUUGAAUUAGUUUGAAUUAUUUAGAUAUUUAUGUAAUUAAUCAAAAUGAGAAAUCAGCAUUCGUGUUAUUAAAAUAUUCAGCUUAUUCGUGAUUAGAUAAUUAAGUUAAUUAUUGUUAUCAUUAAUAACUUUUUUAUUCUUAUUGACUUUCACCUAUGGAUCUUUUGAGUAGAUAAAUUUUAUCAACAAUUAAGCAAAAUAAUCAAGUGAUACAGUUUCUUAGUUAUAUUGACCAUAAUAACAAUAUACUGGAUAAGAAGAUUUGAUUAAUCACUGAUUUAGUUUUAAAGAUUAACUUCAAUCAAAUCAAACUUGAAAUUUGAACACGUUCUGAUUGUCGGAGACAUUACUGUGUCUCGAGUUUAAUUGUGUCAGAUAACAAUAACUGAUUGUUAGCGAUUAAUUCACUCACGUGUUUAGUAUAAACUGAAUUGAAAAAGUUUUAACUUAUUCAUCCAAUCAGAUUAAUGAAUAAAUCAAUCUAAUUAUAGUUAGUAAACUAUGAAAUGUAAUAGUUUGUUUUAAUUGUCCAAAUGCAAUUAACUUUAACAAUGGUUGUGUUUACAUUGUAAUUUUAUGAUCGUA